CAUGAGAGCAGCACUGCGACGUCCCAGAUGACCAACUCCAGCACCGGCCUCCGGCGGCCCUCUGUGCUGCUGGUCAUUGUCGACGACCUCCGGCCUGACCUCGGCGCAUACGGCCGCGAAUGGGCGAGGACGCCGCACAUCGACGCUCUAUCGAGACGCAGCGUGACCUUCACCAACGCCCACGCCGCGGUGGCAAACUGCAACCCGUCGCGUGCCGCGCUUCUCACCGGCCGUACACCGCACCAGACGGGCGUCGUCGACCUCUUCACUCAUGUGCGCGAUCACAUCCCCGAUGUCGUCACGCUGCCGCAGCGCUUCCGCCGCGCCGGCUACCUCGCGGUCUCCCAUGGCAAGGUCUUCCACCAGGAGCUCGACGACGUGGCCUCGUGGUCGACCCAGGACGAGUUUGCCGACAACAUGACCUGCCGCGGGGUGCGAGGGCCGUGCGCCGCAGGCGUCGGCUGGCAGUACAACGGCUACCGCCUCCGCCACUCGCCGACGGCGGAGUGGAGGGCGCCUCUGUUCGAGAGGGGAGCAGGGACGGGGCGGCACACCGACGAGCAGAUCGCGGCUCGCGCCGUCGACGCCAUAAGCGCGCUGACGUCGCCCUUGCAGCGGAGGCCGUGGCUACUCGCCGUCGGCUUCAUCCGCCCGCACCUCCCCUUUAUCGCGCCGGAGCCCUUCUGGGUAGCGGCCGAGCGCUCGCCGCCGCCGCUGCCCGCCCGCACCGUCCCGCCCGCAAACGCGUCGCUGCUGACCGGCCGCUCGCUGCAAGAGGGGCUGACUGAGAUCUACGGCAACUACGGCCAGCGGCUGGCGGAGCGGCGGAGGCCGCGUUUGUCGGCAGGUGGCGGGCUUGGGCGGAAGCUGGCGGUCGGGUACUCCGCGGCGGUCUCCUUCGUCGACUCGCAGGUGGGCCGCGUGGUGGCGGCGCUGGACGCGUCUCCCGCCGCAGGCGACGAGAUUGCGGGAGACUGCGACGCCCUCGUGGCGCUGCUGGGCGACCACGGGUGGAAGCUUGGCGAGCUGGGCGGUGAGUGGACCCUCGUGCAGUGGGUGCACGAGCCGCUGCGCUGCACGCGGCACCGCUGCUCGUGGCCCGCCGGAGACUACGUCGCCGCGUGGCGCUCUCUCCGCCGCGCCGCGCCGCACGACCGGUGCGCUCGGCACGCCGACCUCUUCCGCGGCGCGCCGGCCACCGCGCACGCGAUCGGAGCCGAGCCAGACGCGGCCAAUCUGAUCCGGCACUACCCGGCGGCCGCCCGGCAGCCGAGGGGGGAGCGCGUCCAGGCCUUAGUUCCUUUUGCAAAACUCGGGCGGACCUGACGGCAUACACCAUA